CAGAAAUCAUGACAUCAAAGUCAAGGUCGGGUAGAAUUUUAGGCACAGCAGGUGUUUACGAAAUGUCACACAAUUUCAGUUGAAUUAAUUGAAGCAUGGCAACACAAUGAUAAUAAAUUAAUAGAGAUAAACCAGUAGGGACAUUUCAUCAGUGGUGUAGACGUAAAUCCAGUUACGUACAGAGCACUGGCCUCCACUGCAGUUAGUAAUGUCCAAGCUAACAGCCCCACAGUUCCCAGCUCCUUUCUCUGCCCAGAGAGCUGGAGUGAGUGGAGCAGCAGGCAGACACAAAGUGGCCUUGAAGCCCGGCCGGUCACUGAUGGACUGGGUCAGGCUGACCAAAAGUGGGAAGGAUUUAACUGGGACUGGUGGAAGGUCAUUUGAUGUAACAACAGAAGAACUUGCCAAACACAACACUGUUAACAAUUGUUGGAUGGCUGUGCGAGGUAAAGUGUAUAACAUCACCCCUUACUUUGAAUAUCACCCAGGAGGUGUGGAUGAACUGAUGAAAGGAGCUGGCAAAGAUGGGACACAAUUGUUUGAUGAGGUCCACAAAUGGGUAAACAUUGAGUCUAUGUUAGAGUCUUGCUACAUUGGAAAAUUAAAAGCAACUCCAGUGCCAGUUGAAAAAUCAGGUUCCCCUCUUGUUAAGAAACUCUACAGUAGUCUUCUCAGUGCCAAAGGACACAUGCCUCCCCCUGCCCCUCCACCCAUUCAUAUACCGGAGGAAAAACCUUCUCCAAGGUUGGACUGGUUCCAAAAUGACAGCAGUGUUACCCUGACUAUAUAUACCAGGUGGAAUGACAUCCUCAGAGAACAUGUCAUCAUUGACAAGAAGGGACAAAAGCUGCAGGCAGCUGUUGUGGUCAAAGACAUGACUUACAUGGUGCAUCUUGAUUUGGCAAAUGAAGUACAUGAAAAAUGUGGAGUGCGAGUUUCUAAAGGGACAGGAAAAUUAGAGAUAAUUCUCCGUAAGGUGGUUGAGGGCAGACGCUGGCUGGCCCUUGGGGAUCCAUUAGAAGGUCAUAAUACAUACGAAGAAACAGGAAACAAAGAGGCUGUGUUUCGAGAAUGCAAAGUAUUGUCCAUAGAACCAGUCAGUCAUGAUACCCACUUGUACUGUGUUCAGCUUCCAGAGGGAUGCAGAAUGAGUGUUCCCAUAGGUCAUCAUGUACAUAUUAAAGCUAAUAUAGAAGGCAUGUCCAUAGUCAGAAGCUACACCCCAGUGACAGCCUCAUUGCAGUAUAAAGUGCCUCCACAGUUAGAAGACAUACAGGAUGAAAUAAUUUACUUAAUGAUAAAGAUUUAUCCAGGUGGAGCUUUGACACCAGCCAUUGACAGAUUGGUAGAAGGGUCCAAAGUAUUAGUUUCUAACUAUGAAGGAAACUAUCAAGAAUCUCACAUGCGGGAUUGCUCACACUUGAUAUUAUUAGCAGCAGGGACAGGCUUCACACCCAUGGUCAAGAUAAUUUAUAAAAAUUUGAUAGAAGAGUGGGAAGGAUCCAGGCAAAUAAAACUGGUGUUUUUCAAUAAAACAGAAAAAGAUAUUUUAUGGAGGAACCAGUUGGAACUACUAGCACAGGAAAACCCAAGAUUUGGGGUGUUCCACAUUCUCUCAGAAGCAGACGACAAUUGGGAUGGACUAAGGGGGCGAAUUAGAAAGGAGAUCUUAGAAAGUUUUAUUCCCCCUAUUGGAGAAGGAAAGAAAGUGAUGAUCUGUGCUUGUGGCCCUUCACCCUUUACUGAAGAAGCAAUAAGAUUGGUUCAAGAAAUGGGAUAUUCCUUGAGCAGGAUCCAUCCAUUUAUGGGUUAAUUGAAGAGACGGAGAUUGAACAGGUCUCUGCUCACCUGCACAGUGCACAUGUGAAACUGUCUUCGAAUGGGCAAUUUAAAUUAAAUGUGACUAUUAUUCUGUUAAAUUCACACCGUUGAACGUUUGUAAUCAUUUCCCUUGUUUUCAACUGUGUAUCAUUCUUUAAGCACUGCAAUGCAAGUCAACUAUCAGAGUUUUUUGUGUUAUGAACUCGUAAUCAGCUUUAAAAUUUCAAGUAAACAUGUGCUAAGUUAUUUAUAAAUUGAAACAUUAAUUGCAUUAGAUGAGGCAAUCAAUUUCUUCUUUUAUUGUCUAAAAUAAAGAGACACCGCUUGAUUCAUACUAAUUGUGCACAAACUUUGUUAUGUAUAAUGUGUCAUUAUAUUUAUACGUGUACUAGUAUUUAAAUGAACAGGUCAGACUAGUAUUUAAAUGAACAGGUCAGUUUUCUCAUAUUUUUAACCCGUCAAAGUUCUGUUUUAAAUAAUUUUUGCAGUAAUUUAUCUCUAUGUGGCAUGUAGAAGUAUAUCUGUUGUUGCGAUAUAAGCAUUGCAGCAUUUUUAUGAAUCAAGAAUUCAAAUAAAAGAGUUGAACUUGUACACAUGGUUUAGAAUGACAACUUGUUUUAAACAGGAAUCGGUCCAAAAGAUGAUGUCGUGUAAAGGAAGACGUAUUCGCUGUUUAUGAAGUCGGGCACUCAACGUUCAAAGCUGGGAAAUAUUUUCGAUGUUAACUAGAAUGUGCGUGUUUAUGCUUAAGUGGAGCAACGGGAAUAACUUUUCUGUCUGUAUUUUUCCAGCUUGUCUAGUAUUAAAUCUGAAUUCAUCAUAAGUUAUUGUUUGUUUUACAGUUAGUAAAUUCGCUAUUUAGUGCAAAGGAUGUUUCAUGAAUGAAAAGGGCCUUGUGUGAGAGGCAAUACGAGCCAAGGAAAAUAUUUUAAACAACACUCCCCUUGCACUGUCUCUAUAAUGUAGUUAUCUGCUCUUGUUGUCGGGGUAGGGCAAUUUGAUAAUGUAUUUUUCAUUAUCUAUUUCUGUGAAGAUGUUGGUAAUCAUACACAUAAUUUAGUGAAAAAUCAACAGUCACUUAAUGUAUGUAACGGUAUUUGUAAGUUGUGAUGCUGAAAUCUUCCUGAAACUGAAACUAAGAUGGGGUAGUUCUGAAAUUAGCGUGCGUCAGAUAAAGCAAUCCGUUAAUAAUUGACUUUAUUUGUUGUCCUUCCGUUACUUUAAGGUGCUUUUAUGUCCCGCAAUUUUAAACAGGGCACUUCUUUAUCUGUAAACAAAACGAUAAAGGAAGUGAAUCUGAAAUGUUUGUCAUCAGUCGGGGGUUAUCACUUACAAAAGUUAUAGUUUAUAUUGUGCUGUGGGACAAAACGUCUUCAUGAAUAGAUAUUUUGGCCAAAAACUAUUUUGCAUUUCUUCAUUGACACCUUCGGUGUUAUGCAGAUCUGAUAUUUAUGUUUUUAUGUUGCACGUAAAG